UCUCUCACUUGCGUUCCCGGCGUUGGAGUCAUCUUCUUCUCCUUCUUCUUCGUCGAUGCCUACCCAGCUCGAAGCUCAAGCUGCCCCCAAAUCCCAGCGCUCCAAGGUCGUUCGCCCUCCUGACGAUCCUGACAGCAAGAAGAAUAAAAGGCUUAAAGAUGUGGAAGUUAGCUUUCCAAUUGUUUAUGGCACUAUAUCUUUUUGGCUUGGUAAAAAAGCAAGCGAGUAUCAAUCUCAUAAAUGGACUGUUUAUGUCCGGGGGGCGACAAAUGAGGAUCUGAGUGUAAUCAUAAAGCGCGCUGUGUUUCAACUACAUCCUAGUUUUAAUAAUCCAACUAGAGUAGUUGAAUCAGCACCUUUUGAAGUGUCAGAGUCUGGCUGGGGAGAAUUUGAGAUUGCCAUUAGCCUCUUUUUCCACAAUGAUGUUUGUGACAAGCAAUUGGACCUAUACCACCAGCUAAAGCUCUAUCCUGAGGAUGAUAGUGGACCUCAAACUACUAAAAAGCCUGUUGUUGUUGAAACAUAUGAUGAAAUAGUUUUUUCAGAGCCUUCAGAAGCCUUUUUUGUCCGCGUCCAAAACCAUCCUGCUGCAGUUGUUCCAAGGCUGCCUGCUGGUUUAAACCUGCCACCCCCAGGACCUUCUGAAGUUAUGAAUGAGAAGAAGAGAGGCGACAUCAAGGAUCAUCCACUGAGUCAGUGGUUCAUGAAUUUCUCAGAGGCUGAUGAGCUACUAAAGCUUGCUGCGGCUCGUCAACAGGUGCAGGCUCAUAUUGCAAAGCUUAGGAGACAAUUGAGCAUGAUCGAUGCCCCGCCUCAGCAGUCAAAUGCUGCAUCUGGUCAAUGAAUGUUCUUGAUCCUUUUGUCAUUGAGAGUGGGGAUAUAGUGAUGAAAAUCAAGGACUAAUUGUAUGUGUUUUCUGGCAGAGUCCCUUCUUGAUCUUGUUUUGGUUUCUCUUCUAAUUUGAGUUUGAAGAACAAACUCAUAUCUGAAAAUGUAAAACAGAAAUCAAUUGCUAAUCAUGUUUCUUAAUUUUCAGUGCGGGAGCUUGACAGUGAAGGGAAAGAAACAUUCUGGAGUUUGACACAUACAUAUUUUAUGUAUAAUAACUAAAUGCCUUUUAUAUUGUGACAGAUAAUCAUGUAUUUUCAGAUCUCUUAUACAUUAAUUCCUUGUGUGAUUUAUAUUAUCAAGUUCCCAUUUUUUCA